GGCUGGGGUCUGUUCUUCCUCCGCCGCUGCCUUCCCUUCCUUGCCCAGGCCCCGCGAGCAAGAACGGAAGCUGCAGCAGGAGAAGCUCUCCGGGGUGGUCAAAAGCGUCCACCGGCGCCUCAGGAAGAAGUACCGGGAAGAAACGUGUUAUUGCCAACGUAGGGCUGCAAGGAAGAGACCUAAAGAUGAAUGAGCCAAUGGUUUUCUUUGUAGCAGGGGAGGAUUUUGUUUAGUCACUAGAUGUUUUCAAUCACUACUCAGCACCUUGCCUCACCUUGCCAGCAUGUUCAGAGGGCUUUGAGGGGAGUAGAAAUUGGUCAUUCAGUUCCUGUGGGGGACUUUGAUAAAAUCUGGCGUGAACAUUGUGAGGAUGAAGAAACUCUUUGUGAAUACGCUGAAGCAAUGAAAAACCUGGCUGAUAAUCACUGGGCUAAAACCUGUGAAGGAGAGGGCCGUAUUGAGUGGUGCUGCAGUGUAUCACGAGAAUAUUUUCAAAAUGGUGGGAAACGGAAAGCUCUGGAAAAAGAUGAGAAAAGAGGAGUCCUUGCAACCAAAGAUGUUCAAACCAUGGGCAUGCAUGCAGCUCCAAAAACGGAUUGUUCUUCAGAAAAUUCAAAUCAUAAUUCUUUAACAGAUGAACUGCUGCAUCCUUCAGGGAAGAUCAGAUUACUUGAUGUUGGCAGCUGUUUCAAUCCAUUUUUGAAGUUUGAAGAAUUCUUAACUGUUGGUAUUGACAUUGUCCCAGCUGUUGAGAGUGUCUACAAAUGUGAUUUCUUAAACCUUCAGAUUCAGCAGCCUCUUCAGCUUGCACAAGAUGCCAUUGAUGCUUUUUUGAAACAGCUGAAAAAUCCUAUUGAUUGCCUGCCUGGAGAAUUAUUCCAUGUUGUGGUCUUCUCCCUGCUCCUUUCUUACUUCCCUUCACCCUAUCAACGCUGGAUAUGUUGCAAAAAGGCCCAUGAACUUCUUGCUUUAAAUGGGUUGUUGCUUAUUAUCACUCCUGAUUCGUCCCAUCAGAAUCGCCAUGCUAUGAUGAUGAAAAGCUGGAAAAUUGCUAUAGAAUCCUUGGGUUUUAAACGUUUCAAGUACUCCAAGCUUUCUCACAUGCAUCUAAUGGCAUUUAGGAAGAUCUCUCUUAAAACAACUAGCGACUUGGUGAGCAGGAACUAUCCGGGAAUGUUGUACAUCCCCCAGGAUUUCAACAGUAUAGAAGAGGAAGAAUUUUCUAAUAAUUCCUGCUAUAUCCGAUCCGAUGCUGAAGAUGAACAACUUGCGUACAGUUUCAUGGAGCUCCCAGAUGCUCCUUAUGACUCAGACUCAGGGGAGAGCCAGACCAGCUCUAUCCCUUUCUAUGAGCUAGAAGACCCUAUAUUGCUUCUGAGUUAAUGUAACCAUUAAAAUCUGCUUUGAAGCCCAAAUUCCAUUUACUGUAAAACUAGUUUUGCUAAACUGACAUCUGCUCUGAACAUAAAACAUUUGCAAAAAAAGGAAAUACAAAGGGUUUUUGAGAACUGUCACUAUUUUUUUCUACUUAUGAAUUUUAAAAUUUAUUCUUGUAUUGAAAAGUUGAAGCGUGCGUGUUAUGCAGAAUGGCUCAUGUGAUAGCAUGAACAGGGUUUACUUUAAUAUUUGUAUCAGUAAAAUAUUCCAGAAAGGUAACAUUUAUCCUUCCCUACAGUGAUGUGAACUGUGACUCUGAAAUAUAUACUGAUGUGUCUUGAUCUGAUGUUUUUAAUUUCUGUAUUGGUUAAGAUUCCUGCAAGCAUUUCUCAGAUGUUUAAGCAGAAAAGAUAUAAUAUGCACUGUUAAAUGUAUAAGAAAGAUGCUUGGAAAGUUGCUUAGCUUUUGACUUGGAACAAACAACAACAUAUAGAAUGAACAGAGUUUAGCUUGAUCUGGUAAAAAGAAAAUAUCUGCAUAAUAACUUAAGUCGUCUGUAACGUUGCAACUGAAACAUCUUGCAGGAUACCAUCCUCUCUGUCUUUGGAAUAAUAACCUGCAGGUUUAACCUGUCCUCUCCCUUCCCCACUUCAAAAUUAGACUAUUGUGACAAUUUAUAUGAUCACACUAACAUGCUACAAUUUUUUCAUACUGUUUUACAAAGCAUUCUGCAGCAAAGUGUUUGUGUAAGAAAUGUAAUUGACAAAAUUUUGAUAAUCCUAAUCUUGCAAACAUUAAUAUUUUCUUUGCAAUGUAAAAAUAAUACAAGAUAUUUGGAAUCAAAGAGGACAGGGUUUUUUUGGAAGACGUUUUAAAAAGUAUACUUUAUUUUCACAACUCUAACAUAGUAAAACAAUCCCCUUUUAGCCAAAUUUGUUUUAUUAUCUGCACUAUCAUCUUACUUCUCGACUGCAUCACAAUUUUUUUAACUGUAAGGGUUCCCUAGAAAUGCUUCAAACCAAAACUUAAUAGGAAAGUGAUUUUUAACUGUAAGAGCGUAUAAUCUUUUUCCUUGUUAAGUAUCGGUUUAAGCAUUUGCAUAUAUGCAUGACUCUGGGUUUAGGCCAGUAUAUGUUGAAAUGUAAGAAACGAUUAUUAAGAACAAAAUAAUUCUGUAGUUUCAGAAGGAUAGAUAGUGUUAAGAAUAGGCAGAAGUGCCAUUUCAGGAAUAUCACUGCACAGCCUGAAAGCUAGAGGGGAGAGUGUGUUUUCUUUUAAAAAACAGAUGCAACUUUCACACUCCAGUCCAAAAUUUACACUCAAGUUUCACAGCUAACCUCUACAUUUGUUUUUUGCCUAAUGUGCUAGGUCAUGCAUAUAUAAAAAUUUUCGUAAAUUGUGAUGUAGCUUCGUAUGAAAACAUUAUUGUUUUGUUUUGUUUACCUCUUGCAUGUAACAGUUCUUUUUAAAAACUCAUGAAUAUCCAAAUUAGUUUUCUGGCAGUAACCCUACUAAAGUGUUUCACAAUAUGAAAUCUUAAAUAUUAAGCUAAGGUUUCUGGGAAUAUCAGCCUCAACUAGCCAUAAUUCUUGGGCAUAGCAAUAGAUAAAGUAAUAUGGUCUCUUCCCGCAUUCCCAGUUUCUUUAUUACAGUUAGGUCAAUGGACAUUCAGUUUUGGACAGCGAGGGUUAGAAGUAUUCACUUGCUGAUUUUCUUGCCCGGCAGUCUCUUCUAUAGCUUUCUUCUCAGGGGAUAAUUUUACAUAUAAAAUGAGGAUAGCUACUUGAAAUGAAAUUGCUGGUACUGGAAACUGGCACCAUCUGAAGCAUAUUCUGUCCCUUGUCACUGUAAACGAGAGUAUCAGGCUACAAAAUGUUUGAAUACCAAUUUUGUUAUAAAUUAUCCCUUAUCUAAAUGAAGUUCAGAGUUGGAACAUGAACUUUAAACCCUAGGUGAGAUUUGGACACUCAUUUGCACACAUUGCAAGCUAAGGUAGACUGUGGAUGAGCUACACCUCUAAUAAUAGUAGUAGAUAAUCCAGGAGUUGACACUUUUGACAUAUCACACCCCAGAGGAUUUUCAAAAGCCCUUGAACAAAAUGCGUUGCUGCUGAGGCAAAUAGCAGUUUGCUUACAUCUAAUGCUAAAUAUUUUUCAUAGCUAGAUUUUUUAAACGCUUCCUAGGUUUUUGUUUUUAGUACUCUUGCAGUAGUUGCAACAUGUUGGUGCUGUUCUCUCAAUUAUAUAAUACUGGUUGCUUCUCUAAAAUGUGCAUGAUGUGCUGUUAAAUAUUAGCAAGAAGUCCUCAUAACUCCUUAGCACAAUGCACUUCUGUUAUAUUGUCUGUAUUAAUGUCACUGUUUUCCCCAUUCAUUCACAUGAUGGAAUCCAGAUCAUGGUGUAUGUAGUUGAAAUUGCUUGAAAUUUGAAUGUUAGAAGUUGGCCAGUAAUAACUGAUGGCUUGGUGACAGUGUUCUGAGUGUUUCAUUAGAGAAGAAACUUUGGUUAUUAUUGUUGUUUCGGUACCCUAAUGUAGAUACCUCUUUCAAAAAUGAUGUUUUUUCUGGAAGUGAUAGUUGUGGGUAUGGUGAUUAUUAUUUUUUAAGGAACUCAUAUCUUUCCUUCUUUUGGGAAAUUGUCACAGGGGUUUCACUAGAAAUGCAACUUGCAAGAUGGCUGUGUAGAUCUGGGAGGCUUCUUGAGAUUCUACAGUUAAUGAAAAGGAGAAUAUCCAGAUCUAUAUGAGGAAGAAAGCAUGCCACCAAACCUUGCAUUUGUUUUUUCUUUAUGUUCUGUGAGAGAGUGCAUUAAAAGAAAAGUGCAAACAGCU